CUGGACAGCCAAAUGUCUGCACACACACACACUCACAACUGUCAAAUCUCACCUGCAGAUUAAUCAGUUAAGCAACACUUCGAUUCCUCGCCGCCGUUGCCGCCGCCGCCGACCGGAAAGAUGCCGGGAGCCGUGAAGGUGUUCGGGUCGCCGUCGUCGGCCGAGGUGGCCCGCGUGCUGGCUUGCCUGUUCGAGAAGGACGUCGAGUUCCAGCUCAUCCGCGUCGACUCCUUUCGCGGGUCCAAACGCAUGCCCCAGUAUCUCAAACUCCAGCCUCACGGCGAGGCUCUCACCUUCGAGGACGGCAAUGUGACGCUCGUCGAGUCGAGGAAGAUCAUAAGGCACAUUGCGGACAAGUACAAGAACCAGGGGAACCCGGACCUGAUCGGGAUGGGGGCGUUGGAGAGGUCGUCGAUCGAGCAGUGGCUGCAGACGGAGGCGCAGAGCUUCGACGUGCCCAGCGCCGACGUGGUCUACAGCCUCGCCUACCUGCCGGCGGCGACGACGCAGCCUAACAAGGGCGCCGCCGCCGCCGACGGUGGCCGCUGCGAGGAGGAGAAGAACGACGACGGCGGCCGUGACCGGCAGUACAGCAGCCAGAGGCAGGGCGGCGCCGGCGCCGGAGGAGGAAGGGAUGGCCAGAUGGCGGCGGCGCACCGGCAGAAGGUGGAGGAGAUGAAGCAGCUGUUCGAGAAGAGCAGCAAGGAGCUGAGCAAGGUGCUGGACAUCUACGAGCAGCGGCUGGAGGAGGCGGAGUACCUCGCCGGCGACAAGUUCACCCUCGCCGACCUUUCGCACCUCCCCAACGCCGACCGCCUCGCCGCCGACCCGCGCACGCUCCGGAUGCUGCAGUCCCGCCGCAACGUCAGCCGGUGGUGGGCCGACGUCUCCGGCCGCGAGUCGUGGAAGCAGGUCAAGAGCCUCAACCGCCCGCCCUCCGCCGAGGCUCCCUUCUGAUGAUGAGGUCAGCCACCGUGCUCUUCCGGCCGCCGGCGGCGGCGGCGGCGGCCGGCGAGAGGAGGAGGAGGAGGAGAAGGGGGUCGCUUUGCUUUAUGAUUCGUGCUGCGUACACAUUUUCCAAUGUCGUCGUCGUCGUCGUCAAUAACCGGACACGUACGUUCGUGUUCGCGCCAUAUAUAUCCUGCUGCUGUUGGUGAAUUCCGAGUGGUCACAUUAUUAUAUUAUAUAACUGUCAGUCUUGUAACAAGUUCAAUAAAAUGCUUGCCCCUUUGUCGUGAUAUUUAUACGUGAU